AUGGCCAACGCGUUUUCCGUUCCGGUCUUCUUCAUUGUCUUUCGAGAGACUCUGGAGGCCGCCAUCAUCAUUUCGGUGCUGCUGGCCUUCAUCAAGCAGUCUCUGGGCCCGGCUCCUGUGACGGACCAUCCCGAUUAUGACCCCGAAAACCCCGAGAAGGAUCUCAGUCCCGUGGCAACCUCCGCCGAUGACGCCUUUGCCGGCCAGUCCGAGGCUGACAAGGCUCUGCUGCAGAAGAAGCUCAUCAAGCAGGUGUGGAUUGGCGCCGCUCUUGGUCUUCUCAUCUGUUUCAUUCUCGGAGGCACCUUCAUCGGUGUCUUCUACUCGCUGGACAAGGAUCUCUGGGCUUCGUUUGAAGACCUGUGGGAAGGUAUCUUCUGUAUCAUUGCUACCAUCAUGAUCACCUUCAUGGGUCUGGCCAUGCUGCGAAUCAACAAGAUGAAGGAGAAGUGGCGAAUCAAGAUUGCCAAGACCCUGCUGCAGAACAAGGGCGAGUACAAGGACACUUCCUUCAAGGGCCGACUCAAGAGUCUCUUCAACUUCCGAUACAACUCCAAGAAGUACGCUCUGGGCAUUCUCGCCUUCGUUACUACCCUGCGAGAAGGUAUUGAGGCCGUGGUCUUUGUCGGAGGUGUUGGACUCGGUGAGGAUGCCACCGCAUUCCCUCUUCCCGUCUUUUGUGGUCUGGCAGCCGGCGGUCUGAUCGGAUACUUCAUCUACCGAGGAGGUAACUUCAUGUCUAUCCAGAUCUUCCUCAUCGCCUCCACCUGUUUCCUCUACCUCAUUGCUGCCGGUCUCUUCUCCCGAGCUAUCUGGUACUUCCAGAUGUACCGAUUCUCCAAGAAGUCUGGUGGAGAUGUCGCCGAGGGAGGCUCCGGCCCUGGCUCCUACAACAUCAAGGAGGUGGUCUGGCACGUCAACUGCUGCGACCCUCUCAACGACGGUGGCUGGCAGAUCUUCAACGCGCUGUUUGGAUGGCAAAACUCCCCCACCUACGGCUCCGUCAUCUCAUACAAUGUGUACUGGAUCUGCAUCAUUCUCGCCAUUUUCGCCAUGCUCUUCAACGAGAAGCACGGCUACUACCCCAUGCUCAAGCGAUGGGCCAAGACUGAGGACAAGACUGCCGACAAUGCCAUGUACGACCGGGCCGUGUUCCAUGCUCGACAGGAUGCUGGCGUCGAGAAGAAUGCUGUCGUGACGGAGAACUCCGCGUCUAGCAGCGACGAACGAAAGGAGGUUGCCUAA